AUGACGGACCCAACGCUGAGGACACCGACGCUCCCGCGGAUGUUCGUGCCGCCGGCCAAGCCGCCCCUAGCCGGGUUAACGCCGAGCCAUCCACCGGGCGACCGAACAAGUAAGGCGGAGAAAUUUUGGCGGAAAGUCGUCUCACGGCGCGUCCGGAAUAACCCGGAGAGGAUCCGCCGCGGGAUCGACGGACGAUGGCGACCACCGGAGGAUAUGCCGGUGAUCAACCUCUCCGAGGAGGAGGACGGGCCACCGACCGACGCCGCUCCCGCCUCCGCUCCGACCGCCGGGCCCACCAUCAGGCUUAUCGAAGUGGUCCCGCGCCACACUUUCCGGUUGGUGAGACCCCCGGACGGAGGAAGAACAUCCGCCGUUUCUGCAGCCGGAGCCGCGGCCCCAGCCAUCACGCCCAGAACAGCCGCCAGCAGAAACGUCCACACGGCCAUUCCGGGCCCUGGUAUAAGGGCCACCCACACUGCCGCCCCAAUCGUUCGGCCCCCCGCACCAGCGACAAGAAACACGCCAGCCACCGCUACCCCCGGACCAACACCGGACUCCACGCAGAAGAGGACGGAGCCGCGGAUGCCCCGCGACCCCUUCUGUGUGAGACCGACACCGCGGGAGGAGCGGGACGUGGUGGUGGACGGGUGCCUGAUCCGGGUGCCCAUCGGCAGUAAGCGCUGGCGCACCCGGAUCGGGAAGAUUAAAUACGCCCUCCGCCUCAAUCCAGCCACCGGAGACGUGCGACAUUGGUCGAAGCGCCAAGUAUAA